GUCGUCCGCGCAACACGUGCCACAGCCCGCGAAAUUAAAAAAAUAAAUACCGCUUUGUGUCAGUGAAAAAAGAAUAAAGAAUACUGUGUGAAUUUUGACGUUUAUACUUUUUAAACAAAGGUUUUUUAUCGUGCCAGUGUUUUUAUCUUUUUUACUUUUGUAAUCUUAAGCGUGGCUUUUGAAUAUUGAUUGGAAACUCAUGUAAGGUUUUAAAAGGUUCGUGUAUAGUAAUGUGGGCUGAAUUAGGAUUUAUUUUUCCUUAAGGGAUGUGCGGCUGUUUUUCCUUUUACCGAAGGUGUGAAAGGGAUUUUCUUAUAAGUUACUCGGACGUCGAAACUCUUUCCCACUUUGACUUGACAAGUUACUGUAAAAGUCUUGAAGACUUUGAACAGUGAGUACGAAUCUUUAGUUCUCAAGUGUGUCUUAGAAUAGUGAUGUACCGAUGUGCCGAAAGUGAAAAGUGGUAGAAAGUAACAGUGCUGUGCCGUGAAUAAUGUAUACAUGUGAAGUCUGUUGAAACUGACAACAUGGGACUGCAUAAACGGGAAAAGAAUGGUCUUCUCUCGUAUGAGAAUCCAAACUACCAUUUGGACCCGUCACGGCUCGAGUCGGCGAUCUACUCUGACUUGUACGACAUGCACGACGACAAGUUGCCAGACGAAUACGACACCUAUCUCGACAACAGGAGAGUCGACAACGAGGUGUCGUCGCCAGUAAAAAAAACAAAUGAAAAAAACGGCCUCAUCACGCCACCGGAACAGAAUGGGGGUGACGAGUCGCCCCCUCCUGAGAAGGAGAGGGCAGAUCAAGAGGCUAACGAGAAGAGCCACGCAGGGCCGGUGCCACACCAGGCCGGGCCAAAUGACGACCUCUACGCGAUACCCGUCAAACUGAGGCCCAAGAAGGAGCCGCAGUUGCCACCAGGAUGGGAGAAACAUGAGGACAACGACGGGCCUUACUACUGGCACAUAAAGAGUGGAACUAUCCAAAGAGAGAUACCAAAGAUGCCCCCGGUCGAGGCGAAGGAGUCCCGCAUCUCGAUGGUGCGAGACUGCUCAAACCUGUCCGAAGUGGGCAAGUAUGAGGGCGUGAUGACUACUUCGGUGACCAGAAGCACCACCAGUGGCGCUCUCGACCAUGACGCCCAGGAUGCCGAGAGGAAGAGGAAAGAGGAGAUGUCCUACAAACGCCGCAGUUUCCCAGCACGUCCAGAGCCAGACAACGGGCGCGCAGUCAGAUUCUUCGUCCGCUCUCUGGGCUGGGUCGAGAUCUCAGAGGCUGACCUCACUCCGGAGCGCUCCAGUCGGGCUGUCAACAAGUGCAUUGUGGACCUCAGCCUCGGCCGCAACGAUCUCUUGGACCAGGUCGGCCGUUGGGGUGAUGGCAAAGACCUGUUCAUGGAUUUGGACGACGGAGCCCUGAAGCUGAUUGACCCAGAGAGUCUGACCACACUGCACACGCAGCCCAUUCACACUAUUCGCGUUUGGGGGGUGGGCAGAGAUAAUGGACGGGACUUCGCGUACGUGGCCCGCGACCGGCUGACGCGCAAGCACAUGUGCCACGUGUUCCGCUGCGAGGCGCCGGCGCGCACCAUCGCCAACGCGCUGCGCGACAUCUGCAAGCGCAUCAUGAUCGAGCGCUCGCUGCAGCCGCCGCCGCGCCCCACCGACCUGCCGGCCGCGCGCCGCCCGCGCCCGCUCUCGGGGGCCUCGUUCCCGACGCCCAUGGAAGAGCCUCGCAAGACAGUGCGCGCGCGCUACCUGGGCAGCGCGGAGGUGCCGCGCGCCACCGGCAUGGACGUGCUCAACGACGCCAUCGAUCGCCUGGCGGCUGCGCGUGCGCCCUCGCAGUGGCGCCCGGCCGCCGUGGCCGUGGCGCCCUCUAUGAUCACUAUUACUGAGGAGGGGGAAACGACCCCGAUAGUGGAGUGCCGCGUGCGCUACCUGUCAUUCCUGGGCAUCGGGCGCGACGUGCGGCGCUGCGCGUUCAUCGUGCACACGGCGCAGGAUCUGUUCGUGGCGCACGCGUUCCACGCUGAACCCUCCUCCGGCGCGCUCUGCAAGACUAUUGAGGCUGCCUGCAAGCUCCGCUACCAGAAGUGCCUGGACGCGCACGGCGGCGCGGCAUCGCUGGCCAGCGCGGGGUCGGCGGGCAGCGCGGGCAGCGACGCCGGCCGCGCGUCGCUGGGGCAGGCGCUCAAGUCCUUCGUGGGCUCGCUCACCGGCCGCCGGGCCUCUUGAAUUGCCGGGUGUGACGAUGACUUAGAGAUAAACUUCUGCCAUCGCGCCUAGUCCUCAGGCGGGAAGACAGUCGCAUGCUAUGCCACGCUUACUUAACCCGAGUGGUUACGUUCAUAACGGUAUAAUUCUAAGAGGGUAGACAUAAGAUUCAGAGAAAUGUUUAGAUAAUCAGCUUGAUUUGUUACGGAUUUCGAUUCUUGAUUUGUAUUAUUAAAUUUAUAUUUCGAAUUAACUAAUCUGUCUAGCUGGCUGUGUAUUAUGUCAACUGAUAUUUUCAUUAAUUUGUUCUAAGUUUGCGUGGGUUUUUGGAACAAAAUCGGCCUCAUUCAAAUAACGAUGAAUUUCGCCAGAAUAUAACAUUCGAACUUACUUAAACAGUUUAAAGAUCUAGACAGAACCAUUCGUUUCAUUUCGAUACAACGGUCAAAGACAUAAGCUACAGUCAGCUGGUCGGUUUCUUAAACCCAAUUAUGUCCCAGUGCUGGGCACAGGACAGGCGCUUUUCCUUCCUAUCUCUGGAAAGAGGAACAGUUUGCUGUGCUUGAUAAAAGCUGCGGGUACUAAUCCUGUCCGAACCGGAAUAUUUUUCGAUAUUUGUGGAAGUAUAUUUAUUUAUAUAAACCAACACGCUGUUUGAAUCCCGGGCAUCUAUAAAUCUAUUUUGUAUUUAUCUUUGAACCGAUUGAUUAAUUAUGCUUGAUAAUGUUUCUUACACAUAGAAAUCUACAAAAUGAUCUUUAGUUUUUUAUACAAUUUUGUAUUUCUAUUUUAAUUUACAAUUAUAUUUUAUUAAUUUUUUAAUUGUUUAACAUUUUGAAUUUUGAAGGGAAGCGUGAUUAUGGAUUGGAAUCUAGUUUUUAACAUUAUUAUUGCUAGCAUUUUUUUUACCUACGUAUUCACAGAUUGGCGAGAUUUCUACGAUGCUGUAUGUAAUAUAAAUGUCAAAUCGAUGUGUAAAAAAAUGUUUUAAUAUAAUUUUAGGUCAUCAACUUAUUACUUUGACAAUUAGCGCUAUCUCUGUCUUAUACUGAGCAUAAUCGAAGGACAGCGCUAUUCCUAAAGCUACCAAACCAAAAUACAGCGUAGUUUACUCCCAAAAAGACGUUACUUGUUUUUUAAGCAAUUCUGAAAUACGAUUCCUAUUUUUUCGGACUCAUCAUCAGCCGUAUGACGCCCACUGCUGGGCAUAGGCCUCCCCCAAGGAUCUCCACGACGAUCGGUCCUGCGCUGCCCGCAUCCAGCGGCUUCCCGCGACCUUCACCAGAUCGUCGGUCCACCUUGUAGCGGGCCUACCCACUGAGCGUCGUCCGACACGUGGUCGCCACUCCAGAACCUUUCCGCCCCAUUGGCCAUCGGUUCUCCUCGCUAUGUGUCCUGCCCACUGCCACUUGAGCUUUGCAAUUCUUCGAGCUAUGUCGGUGACUUUAGUUCUCCUGCGGAUCUCCUCAUUUCUGAUUCGAUCGAGCAGGGAAAUACCGAGCAUAGCUCUCUCCAUUGCCCGCUGAGCGACACCGAGCCUCCUCACGAGACCCAUAGUAAGCGGCCACGUCUCACUGCCGUAGGUCAUCACUGGCAACACGCACUGGUCAAAGACUUUCGUCUUGAGACACUGAGGUAUUUUGGACGAGAAGAUAUUCCGCAGCUUCCCGACCGCUGCCCAUCCGAGUUGGAUCCGACGAGAGAUCUCUUUCUCGAAGUUGGACUUACCUAACUGGAUUAUUUGUCCUAGGUAAAUGUACUGGUCUACAACUUCGAGUGUAACGUUCCCAACCUGAACUGGAGUGGGUGCGACAUGGUCGUUGGACAUAAUUUUUGUCUUUGCCAUGUUCAUGCUAAGACCCACUCGUUGGGAUGCGUUACUGAGAUGCUCGAGCAUGGUGUUCAGGUCUUCCAGGGUCUCAGCCAUUAGGACUAUAUCAUCGGCAAAUCGAAGGUGCGUCAGGUACUCGCCGUUGAUGUUGAUGCCAAAUCCUUUCCAGUCCAGAAGCUUAAAAAUAUCCUCCAAUGCAGCAGUGAACAGUUUCGGAGAGAUGACAUCUCCCUGUCUCACUCCUCGCUGCAGUUGGAUCGGAUUAGAGCUCUGGUUCUGUACUCGAACUGACAUAGUGGCAUUUUGGUAGAGGUCCCUUAGCACUUCGAUGUACCUAUGGUCCACUUGGCACCUCUGAAGAGACUGCAACACCGCCCAGGUCUCGAUCGAAUCAAAGGCUUUCUCAUAGUCCACAAACGCCAAGCAAAGUGGCAGAUUAUACUCUUCGGUCUUCUGUAUAACCUGCCGCAGCGUAUGGAUGUGGUCUAUGGUGCUAAAGCCUUUUCGGAAACCGGCUUGUUCGGGAGGCUGGGAAUCGUCAAACCUGCAAGCGAGACGAUUCGUAAUGACCCUCGAAAACAACUUGUAGACAUGGCUCAGAAGCGAGAUAGGUCUGUAGUUCUUCAGUAGGGCUUUAUCACCUUUCUUGAAGAACAAGAUCACCUCGCUUCCGCUCCAUGCCCUCGGCGUUUUGCCCUGAAAUAUGACGGAAUUGAAGAGCCUUUGGAGGACUUUAAGUAUUGGCGUUCCGCCCGCUCUCAGAAGUUCUGCUGUGAUUCCGUCAUCUCCUGCCGCUUUGUUGUUUUUGAGUUGUUUGAGGGCCAUCCUAAUCUCGUACAGGCUGACGUCCGGGAUAUCUUCAGUGUAGUGUCGGGUAAGCUUGGCUCGAGGGUCUCGAGCCAUGCUUUCGCCUGAUGUUUUCGUGGAAUAUAGCUGUCUAUAGAAACUCUCAAUCUCCCUCAGGAUUUCGGGAGUCGACGAAAUGAUUCUGCCGUCCUCAGUUUUCAGUCUCGCUAGUUGACUUUGCCCAAUAGACAGAUCUUUUGCGAACACCUUGGAGCCCUUGUUCCGCUCUAUAGCCUCUUUAAUACGUUUAGUAUUAAAUUGGCGAAGGUCGCUCGUCAAAGACUUCGAGAUCUGUCUAUUAAGUUGUCUAUAACGUAAGACAUCCGCUGAGUCCUGCAGUCUCAUUUCGUGUCUCUUAUCCAUGAGUUCGAGUGUGUGUGCGGAGAGUUUCUGCGUUUUGGUACGGCGGGUUCUAAAGUGUUUAGAACCUACCGUACGGACAGCAUCCACCAUCAGGUUGUUUAUAUCGUCCACGUCUGCGCAGUUCUCAAGGUACUCGAAGCGGUUUUGAAGCUCAAGCUGAAAGCGCUCGGGGUUUUGGGUUUUGGACCUCGGGACACCAUGAUGACGAAGUGGAGACGAUGUAUGAGGAGAUUUCUAAAGCCAUGCAUAGCCAUAAAAGCCACUACACGAUUGUGAUGGGGGACUUUAAUGCACAGUUGGGGAAACGUUGCGGUAACGAGCUGAGAGUGGGGCAAUUUGGAUUUGGGGUCCGGAACACCAGAGGCGGGAUGCUUGCGGACUUUAUGGAGAAGGAGAACCUCUAUAUGAUGAACUCCUUCUUCAGGAAGCCCGCGACCCGCAAAUGGACCUGGAUGAGUCCCAGCGGCAGGUAUAAAAAUGAGAUCGAUUUUAUCAUGUCGACGAAAAAGCACAUAUUCAAUGAUGUCUCUGUGAUCAAUGCCGUUAAGACGGGAAGCGAUCACCGCAUGGUAAGAGGCACAUUGAAUAUCAAUAUCAAGCUAGAAAGAUCGCGACUGAUAAAAUCCACGCUCCGACCGGCGCCAGCCCAAAUCCAAAAUAUUUUUCGGACUACCUACUCACAAAUUCUCUUAGAACAUCUAUUUAGCCAGAUUUGCUUUCUUUAUUUUAAUUAUUAUACCGCAUAUCUACAUGACUGCAUACGCAAACAUAUCUCUUAGUUUUUUACACCGAUAUAAUUAUUAGUAAUCUUAUAGAUUUUCAUAAUCGUCAUCUAAGCUUACAUUAGCAUUGUAAAAAUUUUGAAUAAAUGUCAUUGUUCGUUCAUAAAAUUGGUUUACCUCAUGGGAAAAUGUAUGUAAAAAUUUCACAAAAUGUAAGAAAGUUGGAGUCGAAGCAAAGUGAUGUUGGAAAGGUAAAGUUAGGAAUCUCUUAAUCACGAGUAAAUUUAAAUGUAGUUAAAAUAAUUCGUGGCUUCUGUAUAAGUCGAAAUGUUUUCUAAUAAGUACCAAAGAGGAAUGCUUACAUACUUAAGUAAAAGGCGUAAGAAUUGUCAUUGAACAUUUUCCGACUUAUACAAAAUUCCAAUGUUAAAAUGACAGCUUUGUAAUCUAAGCUGUAAAUUAAGCAAUAUAAGAUUAAAUUUACCUAAGAACAUAGUUUGCCUUUGUUACCUGUUAUAAAACCAUUUUUCUAAUAUAGCAACACUGAAAAAUGCCUGCCUAAGAGUGCUGUUGCUUCUGUUUUACUCACAUUUUAAAAACAAAACGCUGAUAAAACAUCUUUCAUUACUUUGUUUCUUUAAUAAUUAUAGUUACCUAUAAAUCCUAGUCCGUAGUAUAAACGCUUUUGUAAAUUUGGCGCCAUAUUUAUAUUAAAAAAAUAAAAACUGCGACUUGACAUGGUCCCAGAGUAUCGGUGUUAUAGAAUUCAAUGUAAAACUAGUUAAAUUUAAGUUAACAAAAGUAUAGUAUUAAUAAAUGGUUAGUAACUUGAGUGGAAUUUGUAAAUAAACAUUGUAAACUUAAUAUAGAGUGGUGUUGCAAGAAGUAUUCUUAGAUAAUUCCAGCUAGUUUACCAAAGCUAAAGUUGAGAAUCACUGAGCUUGUAUUGCUUAAGAGUUCUUUUAUAACGGUCGCGUCAUCGAUAGCCAAUUGGAAACGAGGCAACUGUGGCAAUUCUAUUGGCUAAUCUUGAUGACAUGACAAGAACCAAUCAGAAAAAAGACGGAAGUUUCAAGUCAGCUGCUAUUGGCCAAAGAUGACGUGAUAUAAGGGUCGUGCACUCUUUCGCAGCUUUUCUACAUACUAGCUGGAAAGCGAUAUUCUGUGUUGAGCACGGUAUGAACUAGUAAUAAGAUGUUUCUGAAAACUACGUUCUACGCGUUGGAUAGUAUAGUAUACAUAGGACCCCUAUCAUAGAAAGAGUUUAUUUUUGCUUAGGCUUGUAAUAAAUAUAUUUAAAUUCGAUUGCGAAAGAUAAUAUAUUUUGUAUGUCACCGCAUUGAGAAUAAUAAUCUCAUAUUUAUAUGUAGUAUCUAUCUAAAUUAAGCUUUUGGGGACAUAUUUUGGUUUCAUUUGACUAAGCUAUUUGUUGAAUGUUUAAAUUUUCAAGGGAAGCAGGGAUCUACAGAUUGUUUUGACGAAUAUUUCAAUUUAAAGUGUUUAAAUAGUAACCUCAGCAUACAAGGGUGUUAGAAACACAUUGAGCUUCGUAAUAAUUGUACAAUUAUAUUUUAAAAUAGCCCGCUAAUAGAUAAAAUGCAAAUUUUCAGACCACGAAGCGACCAUUUUGUGGACAGUUGAAACAAAAUGGCCGUUUGCGCAGUGUGUUUAACACAGUUUAGUUUUCAGCUGCAUAAACCAUAGACAAGAGAUAAAAGUCGAGAACUGUUUAUCAGCUGAAAUACUGAAAAUCUAAUGGAAAAUAAAGUUGCCUUUUGGCAGCUUAAAAUAAGUGUUUGAAGUAUAAAAAUCUUUAAAUGUGUAUAGAGCGAACUGGGACCCACAGAUUUCGAAUUAUAACUGAAACGAGUUCCAAAUGACGUGAGGGUAGGUAAUGAUAAACGUGUUUUAUGUCUGUAACACCUCAACAAAUAAUAUAGGUAAUUGUAUUACUUGGGAGCGGGAAUGAUCUCUGUUUAUAUUUUCAUUCAAGUUGAAGUGCUAGUGCAACGUUGUCCUUUUCAUAUAACUACGUAAACUGUUGACAUUUGUUCACUUUUUAAAUGUUAGACACACUCUGUUACCUUGCUGCAAAGAACAAAGAUCAUUCUGGUUCCCCACUUUAGUAUAAGGCGUUCGAAUUAGAAAUCACAAAUUAGCUUCAAAGUAUAUUUCAAAAAUAUUAGAAUCAGUGUCGCUUCUCACUCUAUAUGGAUAAAUAAUCAGUAUAAAUCGAUACACUGAGCUGUUCUAUUAUACGUAAAUGAUAGUGUUAUUCACACGUUAAAAGUUAAGUAAUAAAAAGUCAUUAUUUAUACAAAAUAUGAUAAUAUAAAAAUCGAUAUUUUGGGCUGCGAAUUAGCGGUUUAAAAUUGUUGGCCGAUUUGACUCGAAAUGACUUUAAUAGACUUUGAAAAAGAACCAAUAUUAUGUAGAAACUUGGGUAUUCAUCAGGGAGUACAUAACUAGUUCUUCUCUACAAAUUGCAAUUUAGCACUUAAAUUCGACAAGAAAAAUGACGUCCAAACAGUAGUAGGUACCUAAACAGUGUCGUACCUUUCAAGCCAAGCCGACUGGACAUUUCAAGCCGCUGACGCAGCCUCUAGACGCAAUAGAUAUGAAGACGCAAGCUUCGACUGCCUUUUAUCGGAUGAAGUAUGUCAAUAUUUUCUAUAAAAUGUAACGUUUACUAUGUAGUUGCUAGAUAGCUUCGGAAUUCCAGUUUUCUAGUUCACUGUUGGAUGAUAAACGAUGGAAUGUACCGUCAUCGCUUCGACAGCUUAAAAGCCUUCAGACUGUGGCUUUUAAUGAAUACUUUUGUGAAAUUAAUAAAAAAAUAUUCAUAAACACAAUAAG